UACAAGGCACGACGCCGGGUAGGUAUAAAAGGAGUGAUCGAGUGAAUGCGAGCACUUCCAGACGACAGUUACUGAGGUCACGUCACAGAAGCUAGGCAUGGAGUUCAUGAAAGUUCUUGUAAUUUUGGUCGUAGUUUUUCACGGUUCACUCUCUAAGCCUAUUGGCUCUGAGGAUGAGUUACAUGUCGCUGUCGGACAACUAGAGAGACUCGUAGCACGCUUAAAGCAGUAUGUAGUCGAUACCAAUCUGCCCGAGUACUCGAUGAGCGGUACAGGACCAUGGAGCGAGUCUACGCCAGAAUUUACCAGAUCCCUAUUCCACCUACGGGGACUAUAUGACAAACGCGACCCAUUUUCAUCAAAUGAAAUUGUUAAAAAGCUUCUCAAACCAUACUUCGGCAGUUUCCCAAAUGGACCGUAUAAAUUGGAGCUGCCAUUAACAUCCCAUAAUAUUGUGGUAAUGCUUGAUGCAUGGUAUAACAACGGUGAACAAAUGAUGUUCAAAGAACGGACUUUCCACAAUGUUGCCAGAGAGCUCCUGAGUGCCCAUCUUCAAUGUGCAACCACCAGAGUCGACCAGAUAGUUUUCUAUGUUUUAAAGGGCCAAGCACUUGCAAUGACCGAGGAUGACCAAAAUAUGGACACUCGCUUGAGGAAGACUCUAGAAAACUGGAUAACAGAUACGGCCACUGUGAAAAACGUCGCCCAGAAAAUUGUUUUGGCAGCGCAUAGACGUACAUACGGAGAUAUUGUGGAUCAUAUUCGAUAUUUCCAGUUUAAAGAUAUCGUGGAAUUCCUUUCAAAAAUGAAAAUGCUCAUGUGGAAAGCUGAACAGAAUAAAUGGUCCUCAGUCAUGUUUCAUGAGAAACUAAGUCAACUUUUGACAGACAAUGACUUUGCCUUUAAAUGUCCAAGUAUGAAUAAUCUAUGGGAAUUCCACCAAGAAAUUGUUAGUCGUGUUCAAGAAAGAUUAUCCGAAACCAAACUCGUCACCGAGACGGAGGUUUGGCUGAAAGAAUUUCUACCUACCUACAUAACUACACGCACCACCCCCGCCAUUACUGCCAUCCUCCAUAUCUACACAGAUUACAUCAAGUCCGUCAGGUGGCACUUCGAACAAAUGGAAAACCACGUGACCACCAGGAAUGCGGCAGACAUCACUAACUUCAUGUCUAAAUUUCUAACACCACAUCAACUCCAAUAUCUGCAGUCCAUCUUUGAAUUCCUCAAUACUAGGGAUACCAGCAACGUCAUGCAAAUGGAAAGUGGAAAACCUAAACAACAUGCCUUCCAAGAGUAGAUGUACCGAAUUCAACGGAAGAUGUCAAUGAGAUUCCUAAACAGCAUGAUGAAAGGGGUAUCGACAUGUGAUGUUACUCAAACCGCGCGUGACGAGACCUUUCCAUUACAGAAAAUCAAGGACUCUCCUAUCCUAGUGAUCUCAAGAACUUGUUUUGAAAAAUAAAAUACAAAAAAUAUUAAA